CAUGGAUCUAGUAGUUGGAGCUUCAUUUAUCUCUCUCUAGUAAUUUUAGUAUCCACUUGAAAAAAUCAAGGGAGUUUUGUAGGAUGGUGCUCUUGGUUUACUUGAUACUACAGGAGGGUGUUCCCAUCCUUUUGACUGUUGUGAUGCGCGCAUCUGAUCCUACCUUUUUCGUUUGUUCAGUUUUACUUUUUUUUCAAUUACUUUCUGUCACCUGUUUUGUGUGCUAAAGAAGUUUUUGUUAACUUGGCUACAUUAUACCGAGUUCAUACUGUCGGAGCCAGGCCUCGACGGGUAUUAGACAUGUUUUAGUUGUCAGAUACUCUGAUCCUCCAGACGGGGCUUGGGGGAUGGGGAUUGUUGAUAAUUACGCCUUUUGAGUUGUUAAUGGCUCAAUAUUUAGAGUGUCGCCAGGAUGUGAAUGGUAUUUUACCCCCUUUUGUCCCCUGUUGGAGGGAUUGAGCGAAAAUUUUGCAGCCCUUUUUCGGAAAAAGAUGCUUUAUGUGCAGCGCUUUUUUCAGGAGGCAUUAAUUAUAAUCUUGUGAAAGCCUGCCUUAUAAACCUUGUUCAAGUUAUAGUAAGAAAGAGUGGAGGGCCUUCAUGUCACUCAGGAUCAAACUUUGUGUUUUUGUACCGAACUGGAUAAAGUAUGGCUGCGGUUUUCCCCUCAUGCGAGGGUUAAAUUAUUUGUUGAGGAACCCGUGAUUGACAAGGGCUUGGAGGAAACCCAAUCAGUGGGUUAUGGUCACAUCUUCAUGACGAGAGGUGUAAAUUGGACUUGUAAAAACCUUUUGAUGCUGGUGGAUGUCGGAGUCUCUGGGAAACGGCUGUUCGACCAAUAUGUGGGGGGAAAGGCUCAAGCAGGUUUUCCCUGCUAAAUAAUUACAUGCAGGAUUGGUGCUCUAGAUACUUGUGCAGGGUAAAUUUCCCUCGGCAAUUUUGGCUCGAAAGAGUGUAGCAUAAAUAUUUGAAUGCUCGCUCAGGUGGCACUCGCUUAUGAACUAAUCCCCCAAACAGCUCGAUCUUCAAGAGGUGCCUGGCAUCAGUUCUGCAGGUACCCUCUUACAGGUGAAACAUGCUAUUGCUGAUUUGUUUUCUUCAUCUUUCAAAGUUAACAAAUGCCCUGUUUUCCCCCUAUAAUGUAUCUUCUGUUAUUAUUUCAAUGUUACCUAUAUAUAUAUUUUCUCUCUCAUAUAACUGUUACUUGUGUUUGAAAAACAUAUCUGCAUUUUUUGGUUUCCUCCAAUUGCUACUCGCCUACUCCUAUACACGGAGGUCAUAUAAUUCCUUAUAUCAUUAUAUUGUAGCCGGUGGGAGUUCCUAGGGAUGUUAUCGUUGAGGUUAAACACUGUUGCCUUGCUCGUCCAUAAAGGAGGGAUUUCAAGUGGGGGGUAAUGGCUUACUAUGGCGUCUCAUUUGAGUUCUUCCGUCCAUCCAGAUAAGUUUUUUUUGUUCUAAUGUUGCUUAUUUUCUAAUUCAACACAACUUCAGUGAUUGAGUUGUAAAUCUGUUCCCUAUUCAAAUGAAUUUGUCUUAUUUAAACUUAUCUAAACUUGUCAUAGUUAUUAAUUUUAACUUAUUGGAAAAAUGUAUUUGAACUUCUCUUACAUCAUAAUCAAAAAAUAAGUUGAACAGGAAAGCUGCAAGAUAUUUUUGGAUUGAAUAGCAUUUUGGAUUUCGAAUUAACAUUUUCAAUCCACUUUGUAAUUAUAGUUUCGUUUUGAAGAUGUAAUAUAUAUAUACAAAAUUAGAUACACACAUAUACAUGUAUAUAGGAAAUAGGGUUGGCUCAACUACUCAAGUGGUGAGAUUUCCCAUCUUUCCUAGCAAAGUCUAAGGUUCAAUUUCUACUCCAAAUAUUUGUUUGGGAUUCAAAAGGGAGGGGGUUGGGGUGUAUAUCUACUUGAAAUAUAUACAUUUUCCUUGAACUUCUCUUAUUUUAAUAUUUCAAGCAAGUAUAUGAAUAAGGAAAAAUUAAAACCCCCACUUUUUGGCUCACUGUCGCCGGCCCAUCAGAGCCCGACCACCCUCCCGCUGUUCACCGCAACACCAACCCCCUGUCUCCUUCCCCCUCUCCCCAAGCAACUCUCUCUCUCUCUUCCCCUUCCAAGGUCUAGUGCUGCACCACCACCUGCAACCACUCUCUGCCUCCCUGUCGCCGGCUCGUCGGAGCUCGCCCAACCAACAUCCCGCUGGCCACUGCAGCAUCACCCCUUGCCUGCUCCUUUUCUCGUGUCCCUUCUUCUCGCUCUCCCCACGCAAUUCUCUCUCUUCCACUGCCUAUGGUCUGCUGCUGAACCACCAUUAUGAAGCCCCAUGCGGCCACCAGAAAACCCCUCCCUCGCCUUUGAAACACCCUCCCUUUCCCCGCCACCUCCUCCCCUGACCAAGAAAACUCCUCCCCGCCCCUGAAACCCUUCUAAAGCCAGUAAAAGAAAAAAAAAAAUACCACUUAAACAGGUAACAAGUCCACUUGGACCGUUUUUGUGAAGCACUCCCCAUAGUUGGGAAUGGUGUGGAAUAAUCGAAAGUUGAGAUCUUUUAUGGAAGGGGAGCUAUAGUUGGAGCCGCUCUUGUCAAUUUUUCCUAUGAAUAUUUCAAGGAAACUAUUGUUGUUUUAUCUACGUGAAAGUAUUGUAUUAAAGUAUUGUAUUUGAUUCAAGUAGGAAAUAUAACAUAAAUCUUAAAUAUAAUAAUUAUGUACCAUCGCUCUAAUAUAAUUUAUAAAUUCACAUUUGAAAAUUAUAAUUUUCGUAAUAUAAUAACUACUCCUCCAGUUUCUCUUUGAUGUUCCUAGGUUGACUUUAUAUGAGUCUAAAUAAAAUAGCAGCUAGGAAUAUUCGGAAAAGGAUUUAAGGGUGUUGUAUUAUGCUUUAAAUCAAAAUCAAUAGUUUGCUUUGCAUACUUGUUAAUGCACAAAUUUGAGGUAGUUGUAUUAUGCUUUAAAUCAAAAUCAAUAGUUUGCUUUGCAUGCUUGUUAACGCACAAAAUUGGCGAUUGAUAUCUUUAAAUAUUUAUCAGUAACAAUAUAUAGGAAGUUCAUAUUUUGAAAAAAUAAUUGAGGAUAACAUUUCACAUAGUAACAUAUAUUUUUAUAUAUUAAUAAAAAAAUAAUUUCAAUGUGAAUUAUGUACAUAGUGUAAAAGUCAAAUUGUUGCAGGUGUAAGAGAGAGAGAGGAAGUAAUUUAUAAUCUGUAAUUAAUUACCUACCCUUUAAAAAACAAUAAUCUAGCUUUUAGUGUGAUUUUUUUUUUUUUUUAGCACUUGUAUAAAAGAUUUAGAUUAGUUUUUAUCAGAACUUCAAGUGAAAAUGCUAAAGUUUUAUUUCAGUGACUUGUUAGUUUAUUUGGAUUGGGUCUCGCCAAUGAUAUGGGCUACAAGCAAGCUCAGUGAAAGUCUGUUGGUUAAGUAAAUGAACAAGCUCAAAUAGAAAUUCUAAUCUUGUUGGUAAAGGAGUCAAAUAUAAACAUUUUUUUUUGAGGGGAAAAUAUAAACAUUUUCGUGUUUAACUCGUAAAUAACUCGUCUAGUACUUGCAGUACUAAUUAUUUAAAAGAAAAUUACUCCUUGUUUGGAUUUUUAAUUUGAUUCCGAACAAGUAAACCAAUAAGUCACUAUGCAAAUAUUAGUUUGCUCACGAAUUGGUUGAUGGUUGUUUUUUGAGAAGACAUUUGCACUUUAUGGCAUUCAAGGCUAUAACUUUAUCUGUAUUGCUACAUUUUGGCUCUUAGCUAUUCAUGUGCUAUAAGUGGCUAAUUAAAAUCGUUGCUUGAUUUUUGAAAAACAUUCAGUUGCAAAAUUUGUUUAUUUAACCAAGCACAUUUACGACUUCUUUGAAGUGAGGCUUGAGUUGGAACGUAAAUGAGAUAUCAUGAGUCGAGUUUGAACAAGUGCAAAAAUGCUCACAAACUCACCAAAUUAGAAAGAUCGUUCUAGCUCAAGCCAUGUUUAAACACUUAGAAUCCUUAUCAAAGUUAAUCCAAACACGCGAAAAGCCUAAAACUUGGUUAGAAUUGACUCAUUUGCAGCCUUAUUCACUCUCGUACUCACCAGUUACUUUAUAAUCUAGAGACUUACUUCUAAAUAUUUAGUUAAUUUUUUAGGAUGACAUCAAUGAGGUGAACAGUCUGCUCCAUGACUGUUAUAGCAAAAAAAGAGGGGAUGUUGAUAAGCUUCAAGUAAGAUUUAAUUUCCUUGAAUUUUGCGAGCGCUAACUUUGGAUCGGAGCAAGUAAAUUAAGUGUUGUUGACUUCGAUUUACAUCACAGCAAUGAAGUUUAAGGUAGGUGGGAGGAGGAGAGGAAGUGGGAUUAAGUGAGUAAUUAAUAUAUGUACGUUGCCUGUUUUUUCAGAUAAAAAAAGGCAGAGCUGGAAAUGCUAUUCUAUGAUUCCUUAAAAUUCGCAAGUAUGAGCAUGAAUGUGAGCUGUACUAGAAUAAAAAACAAUAAUCAGUCAACAGAACUUCUCAAUUGUGAAUGUGAGCAUGUGCAUUUGUUCAGGCAGAGCACUAAGUCGGCAUCUUCAGGCGAGGUGGCGAUAUUAGCAAGUUGAGCUUUGUAUGAGUUCUAAUAAAGAAAUUUAGAGAAAUUUAGAGAGAUUGAGUGAGUGUAAGAUUAGGGUGCUACUAAUGGCUGACAGUAUUAUCACAAAUCUGGUUCAUCUAUUGAGCACCUUUGCUUUGGAUGAAUACAAAUUUCUAAAAGGCGUGGGUGAUCAACUCAAGAGUCUUGAGAAUGAGCUGAGAUUCAUGAAGAAAUUCUUGAGAAAUGCUGAAGGAAAACAACGAGAGCAUUUAAUGGUGAGCGAGUUAGUGGACCAGAUUAAAGAGGUUGCAUUUGAGGCAGAGGACACCAUUGAGAUGUUUCUCCUCAAUGUAGAGAGGCAACGACGGAGGAGCACGUGUAGCAAACUCCUCCAUAGCGGGGGGUACAUGGUGAUGCAUAGCAAGACUGCCAAUCGGAUUGAUGGCAUCAAAACAAGAAUCAAUGAAAUAUAUGAUAACAAGGAGAAAUUUGGAAUCGAGAUAGGCGAUGGAAGUAUGAACCCGCACUUUGAGGGUCUCCUCAGAAGGCGGAGAAAGGAGGUUGAUGAAGAAAUGGUGGGGUUCGAGGAUGUGGCAAACACCUUGUUGAAGCAGCUGACACAGGGAGAUGCACUGGAGAUCAUAUCAAUAGUUGGGAUGGGUGGUCUGGGAAAGACGACAGUUGCCAAAAGGUUGUACAACAACAGGAUCAUCAAGGACCAUUUUGGGUGUCAUGCUUGGGUGUCGGUGUCUGAAGAUUACAACACACACCAGAUCAUUCUUCACAUGCUCAAUAGAGUGGCUCCCAAUAAGGUUGGCCUUGACAAGUUAAACACAGUCCAGUUGGUGGAGACGCUAAAAGGUCGCCUCAACGAUAGGAAAUUCAUUAUCUUCUUGGAUGAUAUAUGGCAACCUGACAUGUGGGAUGAGGUCAAGGCAUGCUUUCCUAAUAAGGAGAACGGCAGUAGGAUCGUCAUCACAAGCCGCGUAGCGAAGGUUGCUAUGCAUGCUAGUCCUAGGAAGCCUAAUUUUCUUCGAUUUUUUACUCCCGAGGAGAGUUGGGAACUCUUUGAAAGGAAGGUGUUUCGAGGGGAUGCUUACCCUUCUCACCUCAAAUCCUUGGGCAAAAAAAUUGUGAAGAGAUGCAAGGGGUUACCUUUGUCUAUCGUUGUGAUAGCGAGCAUGCUAGCUAGCGAAGAGAAAUCAGAAAGAAUAUGGGAAAGGACGCUCAAGGAUGUGAGUGUUCACCUGGGCAAAGACAACGCUUGCAUGGAAAUUCUGGCUUUGAGUUACCAUCAUUUACCAGUAGAGUUGAAACCUUGCUUUCUCUACUUUGCAGCGUUCCCUGAGGAUGAAGAGAUGUCUGUUCGAAGGCUAAUUACACUAUGGUUGGCAGAAGGAUUUGUACAACCGUCUGGGGACUUGUCUUUGGAGGAAGUAGCUGAGAGUUACCUAGAUGUCCUUAUUGAUCGUAGCUUAGUCCAAGCUGGGAGAAGGAGAAUGGAUGGUGGGCACAAGACUUGUCGCAUUCAUGAUCUUAUACGAGAUGUUUGCAUCAGAGAAGCUAGGAGUGAAAACUUUAUGCAGGUAGCUUCCAAAACCGAUGAUUUAUCCUCUACCACAAGCAAAUACAAUCCCAGAAGGUUGUCUGUCCAUCGUCACACAAAACCUGUAAUUCUUUCAAAAGGUUGGGACCCUUGUUCAGUCCGAGCAUUCUUAUCCUUCGAAUCGCAGUCGGUUCAUGCAGGCUCAGAAUUGUGGAAGACACUUCACUCGGGCUAUAAAUUGCUAAAAGUGUUGGACCUUGGAGUUACUGUUGAAGUCACAACAUUGCCCAGUGAGAUCAGUUCCCUUGCCAAUUUGAGGUAUUUAAGGUUCUUUCUGUGCUCACGUUCGAUCCCUAAAUCAGUGUUUAAUCUUUGGAACCUUCAGAUGCUUUUUAUAAAAGGUAACCAAUCAUUAAAUGUUUCUCUUGGAGAAUUACUAAAGCUACAACAAUUGAAGCAACUUGUCUUCAGGGAGAGAGUAAGGAUCUAUGGUAAAAAUGAAGCAUCAACUCCAUUAUCCAAGAAGCAACUCAAAUUCCUCCAAGUGCUGUCUCCCAUCUAUCUUGACGAAGAUUUUGAAUGUGCUGUCACGAGUGGACUCUGCCCUAAUUUAAGAAAAGUUUCAGUGUGCAUUACGGACCAUCAUUGCUGGUCGUUAAAUAACUUGUUCGCAAGUUUGUCUGAAUUACAAACACUGAAGAUAUCCUCCUCUUACAUCCCACUUUCUCAGGAUGAUAUAUUUUCGGGAGUCAAAGCAGCUAAUAUUCCUUUACGCCUUGCCAAGUUAACGUUGAAGUCUUUUAGUUAUGUAGAUGAUCUUGCAUGUAUUCUUGGUCAGUUUCCUAAUCUUCGUAUGCUUAAACUGGUAGAUGUAAUUACCAGACUUGACGCAAAGGAUGGUUCGUUUCCCAGACUCCAUACCCUUCAUAUGCACAAUUUUGAUGAAGGGCCUCUGUGGGUAAACCCCAGGGCUUUUGCUGAACUACGCUAUCUAUUUAUAAGAAGAGGCACAUGUAGAUUUGACGAGGAUUUAUUCAAGCUGCCAAACCUGACAGAUGUUGAAGUGCUGUGGCCUGAACCUCGUCUUGCCACUACACUGAAGCGUCUGCAAUCUAAAGAUGAAAUCAAGUAUAGGUUGUUAGUGCACGAUGGCGAAUAAGCAAGCAUGAAGCCAUUAAUCAAUUGUCCUAGAGUAAGAAGUAAGAACACAAGCCUUGCCUCAUUUCAAGCAUUAUCUGUUUUCUUUCGAUUGGCAUUUUUCUUUUUGUUCUUUUUCAUAUGUGAGGUCUUUCCUUUUUCCUUUGAGGGUGACUGAGAUGUUUGUUGUGCAACUGUCAUAUCCAGUACUGUCGUCUUUGCCUUUUCUUUCACUGCCGAAAAGUUCUGUUUUUUAUCCUUUUUUUCUUGCUUCAUUUUUCACACACCAAUAAUGAAACUACUUUUUAGGUCUCUACUAUGGUCCGGAUAUUCAUAUUUUUUAAACGAGAACACCAAAUAUCACUUGGUUUAGUUGUUUAGACUUUAAUAUAUAAGCUUGAAGUUAUGGGAUCUAAUCUUAUAGAGUAUAUCUACUGUUCCUUUUUUGUUCGAAAUUGUUAUCACUUAUUAUCGCGGUUGAUGAAACUUAUUGUAAUUUUUUUGAACUCGUCCUAACUUCAAAGUUAUGUUGUAAACUUGUAUCAUCCGGACUUACAAUCUAAAGUCUAAACCCACUUUGUAGAUCUACAUAAUUUAUCAAGGGCAAGUAAGCAAGCACCUAAUCCAUUGUCCAAGAGUAAGGACACAGACCUUACACCUGGUCUCAAGCAAAAAUAUGUCCUGAUUCCCUUUCUUCCCCUUUCUUAUGGGAAUCAAGUCGGAUCAUAAAAUUCUGUUUCUUGCUUCAUUUCUAACUCAUAAAUGAUGAAAUAAAGUAGUAACUUUGCAUAGUUCAUCUUAUUCUAGUUGAAAUUAGUCAAAAACAACUAAAUAAGUAUAUUGUUUAGAUUGUAAUCUUAUCUGAAGAUGUUAAUAUUCAUUAUAUUCAAUAUCUUAAUCAAAAUAUACACUUGAAAAAUUAACCAAUUUCAGUGUGCAUUGCCUAAUCUCUAAGAUGUCGAAGUUCUGUGGCCUGACAAUACCUUGGGCAACUUGCUGAAUAAACUAAAGCGAGAAAAAAAAAAACCCCAAGGUGGUCAGUGCAAGAUUGUCUUCUAAAUUGGUUUGGUUGCUCAAUUUAGAGCUAUGAUUCAAAAUUGCACAAGGAACACCAUUGUCUUUCAAUUUUCACUCCAGACUUUUCCGAAGUUCAUGGCAUUAUUAUGAGGUUACACAUAAUUCAUUUUUAUAAGUUUUAACUUAAGAGAGUGGAAGCAGAAGUGAGAAUUCAUAAAAAAAAAUUAACAUUAUCUUGUUUGAUUAGUGAUGGAAAUUGAUCGCUCAACUAUACUUGCUCUGAAUGAUUAUAAACCUCAAGAAUCGAAAUAUUGGAUGUUAAUUCUCUUAUAAGUAAUGAGUUGAGUUAAUAAACCAGUUUCUCGUGUGGUGAUUAUCAGGCACACCUAACAAAAUUGUACUCGACAAUCUGUAAUUUCGGAGAUAUAUGCAUUAAAUGAUCAAGACUACAUUCGAGUCCGAUCCAGGUUGCACACCUGGCUUUGGUGGGUGAGUCUUCCAACAAGAGUUUCUUCACACGGUGAGGCUCGAACUCGAGACCUCCCUUAAGCGACAUCAAGCUGCUUACCGCUUGAGCCAACUCUUGUUGGUUGCUAGCAUCUCCUUGCCAACUGAUUUUACACAAAGCUUUUUUGCUACAAGAAAAGGGUUGUAUUUGACUAUUUUCUAACCGAAGUUUCCCACUUACAUUUUUACCUUUGCCCAAAAAGACACACAAUGCACUGGGUUUUUGAUAUGUAUCACUUUGUCGGGAAGUGCUUCUCUCCUCCAGCCCUUUGUUGUUUGCCAUAUAUGUGUUUUUCUUGAGCUUCAGCUCAACUACUAUACCAUAAUGGCAGGAGAAGCAUACGAGCAAAUCAAAGAAGUGUGCAUUUUUUUGCUCAACAAUUUCACCCUUACAGUGGCAAGGCCCUAGCAGUUCUGGGUGUUUAGGCAGUGGCCGAGAGAGAGAGAACAACAGUAGUAUAUGUUCUUGAUUGAUUUGUUGUUUGUUGUAUUGUUUUUGUAGCAAUAUGCCUUGAAACUGGUUGGAGACGCGAAGAAACAAGCGAGUUCAAGUGCUUGGCCGGGCCGCCGCCGGGGAGACUGAGCGAGUGAUCAGGCAAAAUCCGUCACAUUAGCUUAUGUGCCCGACCGGAUGGGAGGUGCCUAACAAGGCGGCAGUGAUAUUGACGCGGAUUUGGUGAUUUUUUAUUGGGUUAUAUAUAUACUUAACCUAAUUUGUUUAAAAGUCGUCAUUAGUGCUAUACUCAUCUGUAAUCUGGAAUUACUCAAGAGAAAUAAAACUUUUCUCUCCCUCUGUCCGUGGACGUAGCCAACACAUUGUUAGUGAACCACGUAAAUCUAUGUGUUCUUUAUUGU